AUGUGGUUCCAGCAGAUGAUUCGGGCUGGGGCCACGCAACGGUCCGUGGGUGCAGUCCUGCCACACUGGCAAGACAGGCAGGACAAAUUAGGUAGGCUGUCCUACAGGAUGACACAGGUACUCACCGGGCAUGGUUGCUUUGGUGAGUACCUGCCUCGAAUCGGGAAGGAGGCGACGGCGGUGUGCCACCAUUGUGGUGGACCCCAGGACACGGCGCAGCACACGCUGGCAGUCUGCCCAGCGUGGGCUGAUGAGCGCCGUGUCCUGGAACAGGAAGUUGGGAGGAAUCUCUCGCUGGCCACCAUAGUGGGAAAGGUGGUGGCCAGCGACAAAAUCUGGCAAGUGGGGGCCUCCUUCUGUGAGGUAUUCAUGUCACAGAAGGAGAGGAAGGAGGAGAGGGAGGGCUCGGAUGGGGGCCAGGGCGAGGCAUCCUUCGCCUCCUGGCCCUCUCCAACGGCCUUGAGGUCCGGACGGGCCUCUAGAAGUGGGGCGGCCCGUUUGCAUUCUCCGACCACCACGUCGGUGGCCUGGGGGCUGACGGGCCGACCCUGGGGGCUGCAGGUGCUGGGUGCGUGGGGCCCUAGCACCGAAGGCAGCCCCGGAGCCGUGGGCGUCGGGUGA